AUGAUUCUAUCACGUGUAAAACCAGCUGUAGAACAGCAGUUAGAGAAAACUAAACCGACAAAUCAUAAGAUAACCGCUAAGGAUUUCAUAGAGAAAAGGGACUACACUGGUGCUUUAACUAUUUUAAAAUUUGAUAUAGAAAAAUCAAAAGAAGAUGUGGAAUUAGAACUAUGGCUAGCGUAUUGUUAUUUUCAUUUAGGUGAUUAUAACAACGCGAUGUUAAUUUACAAAAAUCAUUGCAAAAAUUCAGGAAUAAAACAUUUGUUUGUCAAUUUGGCAUGUUGCUAUUUUUAUUUAGGCAUGUACCCAGAAGCUGAAGAUGUAUUAGACAAAUCCGAUAUUUCCGACGUAAAAAUUCGAUUGCAAUUUCAUUUGUCACAUAAACAAGGUGACGAAAAAAAGCUCAUGGAGUAUCAUGAACUUUUAGCAGAUGUCGUUGAGGAUCAACUAUCAUUAGCAGCUAUACAUUAUCUUAGAUCACAUUAUCAAGAAGCUAUUGAUAUAUAUAAAAAGUUAAUGAUCAAUAAUCGACAUUUUUUGGCGCUGAAUGUUUAUAUGGCUCUUUGUUAUUAUAAAUUAGACUUUUAUGAUGUCUCUCAAGAAAUUUUAGAUGUUUAUAUCAAAAAAUAUCCAGAUUCUAUGAUAUUAACUAAUUUAAAAGCUUGCAAUUUGUAUAAAUUAUACGAUGGUAAAGCUGCCGAAUCGGAAUUAAAAAAUAUUAUCGCGAGAAGAUCAUCAACAUUUAAGUUUUGUGAAGAUUUGAUUAAACACAAUAUGGUUGUUUUUCGUGAAGGAGAAGGAGCUUUACAAGUUUUGCCAGCUCUUGUUGAUAUUCUCCCAGAAGCCCGUCUUAAUUUGGUAAUUUAUUAUUUAAGACAAGGCGAGAAUGAAGAAGCCUACGAAUUAAUCAAAGAUUUGGAACCGGCUAUUCCUCAAGAAUAUAUCUUAAAAGCUAUUGUUAACGUAGUUGUUGGUCAAGAAAAAGGAGAUACUAAGCAAAUUGAUAAUGGACAGAGCUUAUUUAAUAUGGUAGGAAGUAGUUCCAGUGAAUGUGACACAAUACCAGGCCGACAAUGCAUGGCUUCUUCUUUAUUUUUAGAAGGGCGUUAUGACGAAGUUAGCUUAUAUCUAAGUUCAAUAAAGAGCUAUUUCUCAAAUGACGAUAGUUUUAAUUUUAAUUUUGCUCAGGUUAAAUUAUCACUAGGUGAGUACAAGGAAGCAGAAGAGAUGUAUUUACAAGUAAAAAGCAACAAAAUACGUGAUAGUUUUAUUUACAUAAACCAUUUAACACAUUGUUUUAUUAUGAAUAAAAAGCCACAGUCAGCUUGGGAUUUAUAUUUGAAAAUUGAAAAUUCACAAGAUUCAUUGAUAAUAUUGCAGUCGAUUGCAAACGAUUGUUAUAAGACUAAUCAGUUUUGGCAAUCAGCAAAAGCAUUUGAUAUGCUUGAAAGAUUAGAUUUGUUACCUGAAUAUUGGGAGGGAAAACGUGGUGCUUGUGCUGGCAUAUUUCAGCAAAUUGUGCUUGGUAAUCAACCACAAGAUCAGAUAGCUGAUGUCAUACAUUUAUUAAGAAAUUCGGCAAAUUCUCAAGUUGAACAAAUGAUUAAAAUGAUGAAGAAAUGGGCCAAAAAUAACAAAAUUGUUGUUUAG